AAUAGGCCUCAAGACGACACAAAGCUCGAUAUUCCACCUUAAAUGGCGAUGAUCGGCCGAUCAGCUCGCCUGUAUUCUUCUCCACCACUCAUUCCCUGCAACUUAAACGCCUGCUGUUGUACUUCAGUGAAGGUAACCCCCAGUUGCUCCAAUUCACACGAGAUUGCAGCAGGAGGAUCGUUGCACAAAGAGGCCGGUGAACGACUCCUGACCACAAGAUUAUGCCCCUGCGGGAGAAGGCAUUUCCUCGGCGGAGCAGCAACAAUGGCGUCGCGGCCAAUACGCCCCGCAAACGCUUCCGGUCCGAAGUCUGAUUACAAGGACGUUUUGAAUCGAGUUCAUCCGCCGAGACCCGGUUGGUACGAGGAGUUAUAUGCUUGGGUGCUCAAUUCAGCGACGGAAGCUUACGAGGCUGAGGUUGCAGAAUACAAGUCGCGGCUGUUUAGUGAAUUAAAGGGGAAGGCGAAGGAAGUGCUGGAGAUCGGGAUUGGAACGGGGCCUAAUCUCAAAUACUACGAUGCUGAUGUUCAAGUGUUUGGAGUGGAUCCCAACAGUAAGAUGGAGAGAUAUGCAUGUGAUGCUGCCAUUGCUGCUGGGUUGCAACCUUCAAGUUUCAGUUUCACUCAAGCUGUCGGGGAGGCUAUACCACUAGAUGAUGCUUCUGUAGAUGCUGUUGUUGGAACGCUUGUUUUAUGUUCUGUCGAAGAUGUCGAUCGAACGCUGCAAGAGGUAAAGAGAGUGCUGAAACCAGGAGGGAUUUACUUGUUCGUGGAGCAUGUUGCAGCAAAAGAUGGAACAGCUCUAAGAUUCUUGCAGAAUGUCCUCAACCCAUUGCAACAAACGCUUGCUGAUGGCUGUCAUCUAACUAGACAAACAGGGACCGAGAUUUCGAAAGCCGGCUUCUCGCAUCUCGACCUCAACAUUGCUUCCUUGUCCAGUGCCUCGUUCGUAAACCCUCACAUCUAUGGAAUGGCUACCAAGUAAAUCUAAUCCAUGUAAUCGAGAGCAGCUUGAGAUUUUAGGCAUGGCCAAUGCGCUAAUCUCUAGAGGUUCCAUGUACAAGCACGCAUGGAUGCAUUUUGUAGAUAGUUAACAUUGGACCAGGAGAUGUUUAAAUUCAAUGGCAUCAAUCGAUGUUUCACCCAUUGGCAUUGCGACUUCUAGAUAAUUAACCUGUGUUUCACGACGGUUUACCUAAAAGUAUAGGUAUGUUAAUUAGAAGUGAGGAGUAUUUUUGUUUGACAAUGAUGUUAUUAGAAAAAUAAGUAAAUUUCUCAAGAAUCGUGAACUUUUGGAAUCGUACGAAUAUAGUUUUCUAUUGAAU